GCCGACAUCUUUCAUGCUUACCACAUAGCUAUUGAACACGGAAUUCCAGCCGACCAUAUCAUCACCAUGGCGUACGAUGAUAUUGCUUACAACCCCGCGAACCCAUAUCCUGGCCAGGUAUUCAAUAGGCCGUUUGGACCAAAUGUUUAUCCUGGUGUCAUUAUUGACUAUAAAGGUGAUGAUGUUACACCCAGUAAUGUGAUUGCUAUCUUAACUGGGAACUCAAGCGCAGUAAAGGGUGGCAAUGGUCGAGUUGUGGAAAGCACAGCCGAGGAUAACAUCUUCGUAUAUUUCGCUGAUCAUGGCGCCACCGGCAUAAUUGCUGUAAUCGAUGAUGAGGUAAGCUUCAUUACACAACUGACCUUAUUAAAUAUUAAUCAUUAUGGAAGUAGGUCCCAGUAA